AAAAAAAAAAAAAAAAUUCUAAAAAAGCAAAAUUCUCAAGUUCUAUUAUUGUCUUAUUAUUUGUCAAAAUGGAAAAAAUUACUUCAACUGCGUUAAAGGUUUGUCCUUUUAUUAAAUCUUCAUCCAUCUCUACUUUGAAAUCGUUAAAUUUAUUUAAUGCUGCUCAAAAAUGCCCAAUUAUGGGUCACCAAAUCAACCAAGUUUCUCAAUCAAGAGGUUUAACCACCGAAACCAUUUCUCAUCAAACCAAAAAAACCAAUUCUGAUGAAAUUAAAUCUGAACAAGUUCAAUUUAAAUUCCAAUCUGAAUCUGAAUCUCAACUUAAAUCUCAAAGCAUUAAAGUCGAAGAAACCUCUUUUGCCAAUUCUGCUAAAAACCUUGAACUAGAUCAAACUCUUUUAAGCUCCGUUGUUGAUAAAACAUCUGAACAUGUCAGUUUUGAUUACAACGGUUUGUUUGAAUCAGACUUAUUCAAAAAGAGAAAGGACAAUUCUUAUCGUUAUUUCAACAAUAUCAACCGUUUGGCCAAAGAAUUUCCAAAGGCACAUCGUUUAGCCCAAGAUGACAAAGUAACUGUUUGGUGCUCUAACGAUUACUUAGCAAUGACAAGAAAUGAAGAAGUCCUUGAUGUUAUGCAUAAAACUUUGGACAAGUAUGGUUCUGGUGCAGGUGGCACAAGAAACAUUGCUGGUCAUAAUCAACAUGCUAUAAAAUUAGAAAGUGAAGUUGCUGCUUUACACAAAAAAGAGGCUGCUUUAGUUUUCUCCUCCUGUUAUGUUGCUAAUGAUGCUGUCUUAUCUUUAUUAGGCCAAAAAUUGCCAAACUUGGUCAUCUUUUCUGAUCAAUUAAAUCAUGCUUCAAUGAUUGUUGGUGUUCGUCAUGCCAAUUGUAAAAAACAUAUUUUUAGACACAACGAUUUAGCUCAUCUUGAAUCCUUAUUAAAACAGUACCCAAAAAAUCAACCAAAAUUAAUUGCUUUUGAAUCUGUUUAUUCCAUGUGUGGUUCUAUCGCUCCAAUUAACCAAAUUUGCGAUUUAGCUGAAAAGUAUGGUGCUUUAACUUUCUUAGAUGAAGUUCAUGCUGUUGGUAUGUAUGGUCCCCAUGGUGCAGGUGUCGCUGAACAUUUAAAUUUUGACUCUCAUUUGAAAACCGGUUUAGCUUCUCCAAAUUUUAAAACUACUAUGGAUAGAAUUGAUAUGAUUACUGGUACUUUAGGUAAAUCAUUUGGUACUGUUGGUGGAUAUGUCGCUGCUUCUGCAAAUUUAAUCGAUUGGCUUAGAUCUUUUGCUCCAGGUUUUAUUUUCACCACUUCUUUACCUCCUUCUGUUAUGGCCGGUGCUGCUGCUGCAAUUAGUUAUCAAAGACAAACUAUUAAAGACCGUAUCGACCAACAACGUUAUGUUAGAUACUUGAAACAAAAAUUUAAUGAUCUAAAUAUCCCAAUAAUCCCAAAUCCCUCUCAUAUCGUUGCCGUUUUAAUUGGUGAUGCUGCUUUAGCCAAAAAGGCUAGUGAUUUAUUAUUAGAAAAAUAUAAAAUUUAUGUCCAAGCAAUUAAUUUUCCAACCGUUGCUAUUGGUGAAGAAAGAUUGAGAAUUACUCCAACACCAGGUCACAAUGAAAAAUUAUGUGACAUCUUGCUUGAAUGUGUUGAUAACGUAUUCAAAGAAUUAGAUAUACCAAGAUUAAGUCAAUACAAACAAAAUGGCAGCUUAUGUGGUGUUGGUGACCAAUCUUCUGAAAUUAAAAAUAUUUCUCAAAUUUGGACUGAUGCUCAGUUAAAAUUAACUGAAAAGGAUUUACAUCCUUCAGUUUUUGAUCCUCUUAUUAAACAAUUGGAAACCUCUUCUGGUGUUCUACUUUAAUAUAAAAACACAUUAUCUAAGGAAAAACAACCAUUUUUUUUUUUUUUAUAAAUAAAAAAUAUUUAUAUUCAAGUUUAAAUCCA